GUGGGAGCGGCUGGCUGCGGCUGUGGUGCGGGAGAGGUCGGGUGGGUGCAGGCUCUGGGGGCAGCGGCCGUAGCAGCAGCGGCGGGGACUGUGGAGAGAGCUCGGAGCCGGUGCUCAUUCACUGGCCUUCGGCGGAGAGCUCAGGGCUUGCGCUUGUUCGCCAGCCUUCGGCGGGAGCUCGGGGCGGGAGGUCCCUGGCUCACCGGCGGCGCGGCGGAGAAUUGGGGUCGGGCGUUCUCUCGCUCGCUGGGCGGCGGCGGCGGCCAAGGUGGUGAGGGGCAAGGGCUGCGUUGGCGGCUACUACUACAGCGGCCAAGACGGCGUCGACCGGGAGAAGAGCGAAGAUCAGGCCGAGGGCUAGGUAAUAUAAACAGGGAGCAUGUCACCAUCACCUCAACAAGAUCAGAAUUUAACUUUACGCUUGUUACCCCUAAGUUCAUCAAAAGACAACCUGGUUCUUCACAUCUUCCUGAAGUACAGUACUACCUGUCCUGUGUCAUAGGUGGCAGCUGCCCACCAUAUUCAGCCAUGCGUCCACUGGUAUUCCUGUGUGCCCAGCAGGUGAUCAAGGAUGAGGAAUCUGCUUGCCAGGCCUUGGAGCUUCUGCCACAGGACUUGUACCCAGUCCUAUUCAAGGCAGCUUUUAUGCAUGGGAAGACACUGUUGCUCCAGGCUUUGGUGCAUACAUGGCCCUACCCCAUCCUCAGUUUCAAGCAGUUAUUGCAGGAUCGGCCACACUGCCGCAGGGCUCUGAGGCAGGACUGGCCACACUGCCUCCGGGCCCUCCUCCAGGAGUGUCCAAACUGCCCCCGUGCCCUGCUUCAGGACCGGCCUGCGGAGGAGCUAGUACAGGCAAUGAUCAUGGGAGUCAAAGCUCGGUUGGAAGAGGCAACAGAUAAUGGAACCCAGCAGUCCCUCUAUAGGAGGCAUCCACUGCAGCUGUUAGACAUGACUGGACUCCUGGAUUAUGGCUAUGAGGAAGACCUAAAAACUAUGAAAAUGUGGGCCCGUACCAUGACCAUGGCCCAAACUGGCAUUUGCCACCUCUUAGACAAAGUUGAGCAGCCCAAUGAAAGCCCCAACAAGUGCAGGAAGGUCGAGGACUUACCGUGCACACUUCUUCCUGUAGAAGUGCGUGUAGAUCUCUGGGUGACCCCUUCCUCCAGUGGUUUUCUGAAGCAGGCCCUGCAGAAUAAUGCUGUCAGCCCCCUGCGCUUGUGCUGCCGGGAUUUCCGAGCUGAAGACCUCCCACCAGACAUCACUGUGGAUCUCCUGGGGCUGUUGGACCACUCCAGCUUACGCCGGCUAGACCUGUCCUUCUUUACUUUAGAAGCCGGGGGUGUGUGGGAGAUCGUGGCUUCCAUCAUGAAGUUCACUAAUCUGCUGAGCUUGAAACUUCAGUACAGCAACAUGGAUGUGUGGCGGCUCUGGGCCAUGUUGGAAGGCACCUUCAGCUUCCUGGCUUCAGAGAUGAGCAAACUGAAACGCCUGAAGGAGCUUAAUCUGGGCACCUCCUGGUUAUCAGGCCAGUUGCGGCAGCUGCUCAGUGGCCUGCAGUGUCCCCUGGAAAGCCUGGAACUUCCUGUCUGCUACCUGCUCCCUGUGGACUUAAGCUACUUGUCCCAAAGCCCCCAUGCUCCCCACCUCAAGAAGCUAGACCUCAGUGGCAACAACCUGUCAGGUGACCUCUUGCCUCCCUUCCAGGCUCUUUUGGGGGAGGCUUCAGCCUCUUUGCUGUGUCUGAAGGUGACGGAGUGCCAGCUCAUGGAUGUUCACCUCAUUAGUACCCUCCCACUUCUGUCGCGCUGUACUCGUCUACGAUAUCUUGGCCUCUAUGACAAUCCCCUUUCUAGCAUUGGGCUAAAGGCCUUACUGUCACGCUCUGAGGUAAUGCCUGACCUCCAGCUAGUAGUGUACCCAUUUCCUGUGGACUGCUACAAGGACCUGCCUGGUGUGCCCCUUUCUGCCAACCUCCUGGAGGACUAUAUUGAUGAGGAGAAAUUUGCUCAGGUUCAGGGAGAGAUGCACCAGAUGCUAAUAGCAGCAGGUAGGGCUGAUGUGCUGUGGACCACAGAUGUCUAUGGCCCAAAUAUGCCCGACUACUUUAGCUUGUGACAGGAAGGCUGCCUGCCAGGGACAGGGAAGCCCUUGCAGUCAUCCAUUCCCCCUGGGCCUGGCAGGCGAGCCUCCUCACCUUCUGGUCUGCAUGUCUUGGGGACAGGUAGGAAGUCACAAAACAUUUAUUCUCAUUGCCUGCCAUCUUCAGACAGGGGAAUGGGGCUAACUAACAGGGAAGCUCCAACCUGUGCCUCACCUGAAGGGUCCUUGAUAAGGAUGACUAGUACGAAUGAAGAACUCCCAGCCAGUGGUAUAAAUCCAGGAUUCUGGAACCCCAUUAAGUCAAUGAAUUGUUCCUUGGGAAGGGCAUAGUUUUGUCCUUCCCCCAGUGAGAGAAGGGAGUUGGCAUUCAUUACUGAGGAAUGGGAGGUCAUAUGCCAAGCUAAUAAGGCCCCAGAGCUUCUGAGAUCACUGGUCUGAAGUCUCUAAAGCUCUCUUGGACAAGAUAAGGCCAUAGCCUUUCCCUUUCCGUUCCAUCCUUUGGAAUGCACAGCUACUUGCUGUGAACUUCUCUUCUGCCAGGCUAAGGAUGCCCACUUAGUUUCUCAUAUCUUCUUCUAGGAUCCUAGUUUCUUUUCUCCAAGAGUCUCCUUCCAACUUCUUUUUUUUUCUUUUGAACUUCUACCUCAUCCUGGGAAGGAUUUGAGCUUAGGCAGGUGCUAGCCAGCCCCCUUCCUCAACGGCAUCAGCCUUAGCUACUCCUUAGUCUCAACCCGGAGUGGCAUGAAGAGAGAGGCAGUGGAAAAGAGCAGCCUGUGGGAGCCUUCCCUGGAUCCCCAAACUUGGGCAGCCUGGUUUUUCUUCAGCUUCCCCAGGGCUCAAAUUCCUCUUUGAACUUGAUUCUGGGUGGUUUUGCCUGUGAGUUCAAAGCUUUAAUUUUUCACUACUUUCUAAAUCUCACUGAUAUUUAACCCUUUGGCUUGAGACACCAAGCACCACUUGGCCCCUGGGCCUGUUUGCUCCUGAGCUCAGAUCUGCUGACCUUUCUUUCCUAUUUUUGCUGCUGCCUCUGUAUCUUGAUGUAGCUAGUUUUGCUUCAGUAAUCCCUUUUUUUUCUUUUUAAUCUUGUUUUUCCAUGCUCCACCCAAAUAUUGUCUAAGAUUUAUUCCCAAGUUAAAGAAGAGGAUAUUGAUUCAGAAAUGAUAUAACAAAUAAAAUAAUUAGAAUCAGUUAUGGCAAAAAUUAAUUCCAGGACAAACUUGAUUAUAUUUAACUCUCUGAAAUGUUCUGUGGGCUUAACUUGGCUCCUGUGAAAUCCUCUCACCUAUGAACCUAACCCAUGCCUUCUAGGCCCCCAGAAAAGAGGAUGGCAACACUUAUCUUAGAACCAGCUGCCUAUUGGGGAUUUUCUUCUGACAACAGCUCCCAGUUGUAAUCAGGAUGCUUCCUGAUCUCUGCUCAAUGAUUACCUACAUUCUUAUAUAAUCAGGUCACUAAAUAUCUCUUCUGUUUCUAUUCAGAGUAGGGAAGAGAUGAUAAAGAUCUACUUAUCACUGAAGUAUUUUUCAUUUUUCCAGUACUUAGAGACAAAACUAAUUCAGUAUUCUUUUAAUACCAUCUUGCCCCUGCCAAAUUUCACAAAAGACAAUCCUUUUCAUUCCUGGGAUCCCAGCAGUACAUACAUGGUGCUUACUCCACUUAGAGAGGGCAUAGUGAUAGCCAGCUAUUUCCUCCCCAAUCCCUCACCUCAGAGGAAAAAGCUGUGUGGCAGAGCUAGUGCCUAUCCCCUCCCCUAGCCCUUGCUUUCUUAUCCGUCCAUUCUUAGACAAUGGAGCAGGAGAGGCUCUAUAUGUCUGUGUGUAGACUUUGUUGUUUCCUGACUCCUGAGAGAAACAGCUAUGGCUAGCAUAGGCAUGGGGACUUGCUGAGGUUUUGCUUAUUCAAGCUGACACAUCAUAAACUGAAUUGCUUCACAGAUGUUUUAUGACCACCUACCUGGCAAACAAAGAUAGUGAACCUUCUUUCUUUCUCUGGAGCCCUAAUGCUGACCUGAGCUUAUCAGGAUUCCAGGGUAAAAGGAAGGUGGAAGGACCCCCUAUUCCCACUCUGUGUGGCCUAUUUGCAUGGCCAUCCCACUAAAGGUGGGAAAGUAGGCGAACAGGAGGAAGGUCUUAAACUACUAACAGGGUAGCUGGAUUUUACUCCAUAUGAACAGUUGACUUCCCCAGCAAAUGCUGAUGGAAUUGUUCUUAAAUGAAGGACUUAACAUUCAUUCCUGUUCAAUUCAACCUUGCUUCCUGGUCCACUUUGUUGGAAUCUUUGUGAAUCUUGGCUCUGUUGGUAAUGGGUGGCUAUGUGCCGCCCAGUUUUUUGCCAAGAAUUUACAAGUUGAAAUGACGGCUCCUCAGUUUGCUCUCUGUGGACCGGCUAUUGGAACUGUUAUCUUUGAGUUUUCUUCAUUCCCCACGUUGCCCUGCAAAGGGGUUGGAGGGGUUGCACACCAGCGUAUAAGCCUGUGAUAUCUGUGUUCAGGCAUAUUGAACUCUUGGGUGCUGAGGAGGAUUCAAAAGGUUGUUUUUACCGCAGGGGGUAAAGGGAGAGCCAAACCCAGUCUUAGCCUGUAGUGUUCCCUCCUUUCCUCAGGCAGACAGAGAAAUAUAGGUCCUUGGUUUCUCUUUUAGAGACUGAUGAUGUCCCAGAAUUAAACCCCUGGCAGCAUCUAAGCCUUCCAGACUAGGACUUGUGUUUUGACCCCAAGAAUGUUCUCAGGCCCAAAUCUCAACUCUGGCAGGGGCUGUGUCAGUGGUUUUCUCUACUGCUGGCCUCCCUUUCACCACCUCCACCUCCAAGAACCCUAGAGGAAACAGUCCAAAAUGGCUAUGUCCCCUAGACCUGAGUGGGGAUGGGGUCAGGGUAAUUGAGGUAGUCCAUAGGUAAACUGCUGCAGUGUUAUCUAGCCAAGAUUUUAGGGAAUUGAUUUGCUUUUCAGCCUAAAUGAAGGCCUUUGCAUUUAUCCCUGCUUUAUUUCUAUUUUUUUGAUCCAUCAUUCCAGCUUGUGAGUUCUUUGGGAGUCUUACCUCUGUGACCCAUUGUUAGUUUGUUAUUCAGCUUCCACUCAACAAACAUUAAGUGCAUUGCAGGAUCAAGGCACAAUGAAGGGGGCUGGGGAUGGGGUUAAAAAAUGGAAUAAAGACACAGGCCCUGCCCUCAAGAAGUUAAAAUUUAAUUGAGGAAAUAAGAUGGACACAGUUCUAAAAGAGAUUUAAGGAAGGCAGAGGUCACUUUAUCCUAGGGGAAAUAAAAGGCUUUUUUAUGGCACCGUAGUUGAAUCUUGAGAGGUUUUAACUGGGAAUUUUUGUUUUAAGCAUGGAGGAUGAUGUGAGCAAAGGCAGAGAGAAAGAAAAGGAUGAGAUAAAAACAGGUAAUGAGUAGUCCAUCUUAGUUGACAAGUAGAUUAUAUAAAGGGGGUAAUAUGAGAUAAGGCCAAGAAAGUAUAUAGAAAACAGAUGGUGGAGGGUAAGGACAGAAUCAGAGUUUUAUACUUCAUUAAGUAGGAAAGUAGAAAUUGCAGUCAUUUUUAAACAUAAAAGGACUCUAUAAUCAAAGGAUAGCUAGGGGAGGGGAACAUUGGAGGCAUAGAAAAUAAAUUGUGUUUGAGGUAUUCAUGGGGAACACAGGCCUGGAAUCAUGGAGAUAAAUCAGAUCUAGAGAUAGAAAUUAGGAAAACAUGAGUAGCAGAUGAUGAUGAAUUUUAGGCCCCCAAGAGAGAAGGAACAGCUGCCUUGGGAGACAUUUCUCUGAUAACUGCUGUAGGUGUUCAGAUAUUUAGGUUGAUACUCCUGCUGAGUGAACCUCAUUACAGUGCCUUGGGCCCCAAGGAAAAGUUAUAAAUUAACUCUCAUCCAUAGUCAUUGAUGUUGUUCAUACUAUUGAAAAGAUGUUUGGAUCCUGCAGGGAACAGCUGCAAAGCAGGAUAUUUGAGUGAGUUUUUUACAAGUUAACUUCAGUGUCACCUCUCAGCAGUUCAUAUAACUCCAUUUUGCUUGUUUUUCCUUGAAGGAAAAUGCAUUUCAUUAGGGAAGUUGAAACAUGAUUGGAUCAGAGGGGAUUGGGACCUAGGAAUCUGAUUGGAUCAGCCUUUCUCACCUCCCCAUCCCCCUCUGCUGUUAAACUUCUUAGCCUGGCAUUCAAAACUCCAUGUUAUCAUGCUUUCACACUUACUGUGCAGUCUAGUUAGAUUACCACAUAUGGUGCGCUCAGUGCUUCAGACAAUCUGGACUACUUGCCAUUCUUCCCUCUCUGUCCCCUUCCCUAAACCUAUGUCCAGCUUUGUCCUGCUUCUGUGAUUUUGUUUAUGUCACUUCCUGUCUCUGUCCCCGCCCCCCCAAUCUCUGUUGAAAGCCUAUGUAGCCCUUCGAGGUCCAACUCAAAUGUUAUCUCCUUUCCCGCUCUCCCCUCCCUAAGCUUCUGCUCCCUAAGCCCAUUGCUUGCACCACUUGUCAUGCACUUAUUAACACAGGAUGUUUAGUAUUAUAGUUAUCUCUGUGUGAUGCAUCCCCUUGCUAGAUUGUGAGCUCCAUGAGGGCAGAGAUCAUAUCUUACCUAAUCUUUUGUGUCUCCCCUCAGCCCAGGCACAGUGUUCUGCUUAUAGAGGGCGCUCAUUUACUGUUUGUUAGAAGUUUAUUAUUAAGUGCAGAGGAGGUAGUGGAGGAAGCCCCAACUAACUGUAAAAAGAGCUUAAGUCAUUUGGACCUGCUGGAGUUGGAGCCUAUACCUCAUCAGCUGCUGAGACUGUGAGGGUGGCAGAGUCAACUAGAGCUGCCCGGCUGAAGAGAAUACAGAGGAACUUGGAGAAGGUGGCUGCCCAGAAGCAACAAGAUAAGAGAAUACCAAGGCCAGCAGAACAUCUGGACUUGACAGAUUGAAAGAACUGUUUGUUUAGUUCCACAACUUGUUUGUCUCAGUACCAAACUCCUCACCUUCUGCUCAUCCCCUGCCUGUUAUAUACACCUUCCUCUUCAGCUGUGCCUUCCCUUCAGCUCUCCAGCCUGAAUUCCCAGUUACUGAAUUUCUCCUCUCCUCCCCCUUCCCUUGUCUGCUUGGGAGCUUCCUUUGGGCUCUGGGGCCUCUGGACCAGGAAGGCUCCAGUUUUCACCAUGGAGCUCCUUUCAUCAUGUGCCAGGACACCUGAAAGAACUUGGUUUGUUAUGGGGGGAUAGCUGUCAGUGGUUGGGGGGAUCCUGGUGAGUGGGAAAGGUGUCCUGGAUCUGAAUAUGGGUGUGUGCUGCAUGCCCGUGUCUCCUUGUGAGCUUUCAGGCAUUGGGGAGGGAGGGCCAUGGCUGCUUAUGUAGUGUUGUCUCCAGAAGAGCGAUGACUGUGUCUUACAACCUAUGUAUCUCCCUCCGCGCUGAACCCUGGUGCUCUGCGCUUAAUAAACGUUGGUUAAAGUUGAA